AAAUGGUCUCCCCUGCUUGCUGCCAUUGUCCGACUGGGAAGUUCGCCGACAGGGAUAUGUAAGCUGAUUUACCAAAUUUUGGGUAUGAAAAGGACGAGCUUCCCUCGAGAUCUGCACCUUGUAGAACCUCGAGUUUCUUAAUUUAGCAAUUGGAAUUCUCAACCUGUCUACCAUGGCGCUCUUCAGUAAACCUGCCGUCCUGAUUGUCCUGGGCUUGUUGAGUAGUUUAGCAAUCUCUGCCCCAUCUCCAGGACCUCUGCUCCGACAGAUAUACACGUUUCCUCCGAAUCACUUCAUUGAGAACAUAGCAGUUCGCUCAAAUAGUGAUUUGUUGCUCACGUCUAUGAGUGUCAAUACACUUUUCAGUGUCGAUCCCACAGUUGCCACACCCAAUGCUACAGUCGUUCACACGUUCCCCGAGGGCCAUGGUCUUAUGGGCAUAACCGAACUCACCCCAGACUUAUUCGUCGUCGUAACCGGAAUUUGGGACCUAGCACUCACAAGAGCCACUCUGGGCAGCCUCACAGUCUGGACCGUAGAUCUCUGCACCUCCAACCCCAUCGUCAAAAACAUAACCACUAUCGCCACCUCCGUCCAACUCAACGGUCUCGCCCCAGUCCCCGGAUCCAAAGACUUAAUACUCGCAGCAGACGCCGACGUAGGAGCCGUCUACCGCAUCAACAUCGCCACAGGCGCCUACUCCAUCAGCUUCAGCGAUCCUCUUUUCGCCCCAAUCAAUCGCACUAUCCCAGGGCAACACCUAGGCAUAAACGGGAUCCGCACGAAAGGCUCAUAUUUCUACUUCGUCAGCUCCGCCAAGCAGCAUUUCGGGCGUGUGAAAAUCGACUCCCUCGGACAGAAGACCGGGCCAGUACAGAUCAUCAGUAACAACACCAUCGUCGGCGGAGAUUUUGGGUCUCAAUACGACGAUUUCGCUUUGGAUGCGGGGAACGAUGCGUGGAUUGCUACGCAUCCGAAUCAUGUUGUGAAGGUUACGCCUGGGGGUGUGCAGAUGGUGAUUGAAGAUACGGAGUUGUUGUUGAAUCCGACGAGUGCGCAAUUUGGGAGGGGAAGUGCGAAGGAGAAGAAGACUUUGUAUGUGACUAAUGGGGGGUGGUUCACGGAGGACUUUACGUUGAUUAAUGAGGGUGUUGUGGCGCUUGAUACUACGCAGGUUUGAGAAAGUGUUGGGAGUUUAAUGGCUGUGUCAUGAUGAUAUGAAUGAUGAAUGUCUAGUGAUAAUUAUCAAUGGGAUGUUCGAUGCGAAUUCUAUCUGAAACC